AGUUCGCGUGUUUCUCACAUUUUGUGUGCCAAAUCCUAAACUUCAAACUACGCGUCGUAAUCUAUUAAACCGCGAUCUGCUGCUUUUGUCCAACGUAUUGGAUACGAGCCUUGCGGGAAUUACGUGAUGAGGAUAGGAAGGAGAGUUCGAGCCUUAUUGUCGACUCCUGAAACGGAAUGCGAUGAAAAUGAUCUCGGCCGAAUGGCUAUCAGCGUACACUGCGAGAACCGCGCCAAGUUUCCCUUGCCAUCCUGAUGAUGAGGAUAAAAGUGAUCACCAAAGAAAGAACGCGUAUAAGUGGUUUCGCGAAGACUUCGCAGUGCUUAUGAGAGCGGUGAAACAUGCCCUGGACGCCUCGCGUUCUUCCGAAUCCUCGAUCCCAUUGUCGGGAGCCACAACAAGGACCUCACUUUCGGAAGGUCAGUCCCGAGAUGACACAUCCAAACUAUUCGCGACGUCUACUCGCAUGUUCGAUAACGAUUCUCCCACGUGUGUCGUGCAUUCUCAUCCGUGUCUGCAUCACGGUCAUCACGUCCCGUCGUUGAGUUCUUCCGGUUUCGUUGCGGAAGUGGGGAAGAUUCUACGUAAACCGUUACCGGAUCUGCUACCCGUGAUUCGUGCCGCUAGUUGUAAAGUGACUCGCUCUAACAUCGGUAUUGGAGUGUUCGCUUGUGCCGGAGGAUUUCGUCAGCUGCUCUUGCUGGCGAUGGUGGAGAAAGAUCCUGUGAUUCUGGAUGCUGUGUUUGUUGCAUUACGGCAGAAUUUGAUACGAUUUGCUUGCAAGCUCUGGGAUAUUCCUUUGUUUGCCGCAAUUCUUCGCAGUAAAAUGGCUGCUUAUCACUCGGACGAUUUGUUGAAGAGCUGGAAGCACCUUGAGGUCAUCAUGAAUCGAAGUGCGAAGUACUCUGUCCGAAAUUGCGACGCUUACAGUACUCUUCACUCUGCAUUACAUUCCCCGCGGUUUCUCUGUGAGAAGGACUUCGCUGUGUCCGUGCUUUCAAGUAUCCGGAUAUUUUUAAAAGGAGCUUUGAGCAGUAGUGAAGCGCAGAAGUUGAUGAUGGAUCCGAGGAUUGCGUACUUGUUAUCCAACGAACAAUCAAUGGCCGUGUUGAUGGAGGUUCUUCAGCUGGUGAAGAUGAUUGUGCAGACCAAUGAGCAAAUCCCGGUUUUCCAGGAGAAAUGUAAAUCUCCGGAAUUCCGUGGUUUGAUUCAAUCCGUUACGUCCCUUUGCCUUCAUGCCGAUCACAGAAUAUGGAAGGCUGCAUAUUCAAUUGUAUCCGUGCUUCUCAGUCGGGUUUACUUCGACCUGGGUGUUGUCGAUCGGGACACAAUUCAAGUCCUUGUUGAGAAUAUCGAGGGGAAGAAAGUCACUGACGAAGAUUUCCAGUUCCUAGUCUUCCCGUUUGUGAAGCUCCUGGAGGCAAAUGUGAACGGAGCCCUUUUUGACCAGACUGCCGUUUGCGACGCACUUUUCGGAGCUUUGACGGAAGCCGUUUUGAUGCCAAAAUUCGACGCCGUUUCCUUUAUCAACUUGAAUCUAAUACUUCAGUGUCUCAUUCUCAACAAGCAAUACGUGGCUACGCGAAACGAAGUCCCGUUGUUCUUGUCUCGGUUGAGUGAACGCUGGCUUUUCGAUUGCGUCGAGCAAUUUUUGACGAUGAGGAAGGCUACGAAGGUGGCUUCGGAGGAGAGACGAGCUGCUCAUUCAUUCAACGCAUCUUCAAAAAUUGUUAGGGCCCUGGAAAUUUUGCGAUUGUACGUUGGUGCCCCGGGUGUGAACUUUGCCCUGCCGAAUGUACAACGAUCAUUGAUGUUCAUUGCGAUGGUGGAUAAAGACCAGAUUGGCCAGCCUCAGGUUGUGAUUCACAACAACGCCAUCAGCUUGUUGAAGAACUCAUUCGAGGAUCAUGCUGGUUACCGUGCUGUGGUGGAGAACUGCCUACCAUCGGAGUAUGACUUGUUGCUCAUGGACGAUGCAGGCUCUGUGAUCACCUCGUUUUACAAGGCAACUUCGCGAUUUGGUUCCGCAGAACUUUGGAAAGCUGUCUGUGGAGGAUCUACGCAGGAUUUGUCGAGAACCAGUGCUGUGCUGAAGUUGAGCUGUGAUUUUCGAAGACUCAUGUUCGAACGUGGAGGACUAGAAGUUCUUUUGGACCUUGUUUUCCGUGGAAAGAAGGGCAGUUUGAAGCGGACCAUGCGUUGGAUUUACGGUGUUCAUGCCUUGCAUCUUUUCGCUUCUCGCACGUGUGUAAUAGAGUUUCCUCACGAACUUCCUUCUUCAUUCCCGACUCUAGUGAAGAAUCAAAAUGCGAUUGAUUUAUGGGGCAUCUUGAAGAAAAACCCGGACGUGCUCCGCUAUUUCAGAACAUCUGUCAGGAAAGAAAUUUAUCCCGGAUUCCCUGUAGGUGAGAGUGUCCCUAUUUUGUCUCCUCCUGGCGAAGAGACAGAGUUGAAUACUCAUAUCGGUUAUCGGUCUAAUGCCUUUUACGACCUGACUGCUGAAGCUUUGGCAAGAAAGAGACUGGAAACUGUCGAAACACCUGAACUUUUUGAGAGUUUCGAAUCGUCAGGCGAUCACCAAGUGGAUGAUGAAGCACAGGUGGCGGAAAAGUGCAAUCUUGAAGAAAGGUCUGAAGUUUCGUCGUCGUCGAUCUCUGAGAAACCGAUUCAAGUCCAGAGACCAGAAGUUGUACAUUGGUUGAAGCCCAUUCAAGAUAUACUCCCAGGCCUGAAAAGUGAGGAUAUUUCUGUCAAGAGAGAGUCGCAAACAGUUUUGUGCGAAGAGGAUCUUCAAAAACAAGAGACGAGACCUCACACCGAAAUAGAACAUCAUUUAAUUCAAAACCCUGGCAAACGCUGCUGGAAAUCCAAGGAUUCUCGGGAAGCGUGUGCGAAACAGUUCAAAUCAGCAAACACUUCAGUAAUUUGCAUCCCUGCGAAGGACGAAGUGGCGUCUACAAAUUCAUCAUCGCCAGACAUUUCGCUGCAAUUUCCCUCUGGAACAAUGUCAGUACCCAGGAAACGUUUGUGCAAAGUUUCAGAAUUUUUCAGCGCCAUGUUCUCCCACAAUUUCGCCGAACAAACCAGCUCCGAACUCGACCUCAGUCAAGCCUGUGACCUGAAGGACUUUCUAGCCUUUCUAGAAAUCGCAGAACACGAUGAUACUCCGGUUUUAAACAGUCUGGACGUUGAAGGACUCUGUGGAGUGCGGUUGUGCUGCGAUUUCUUCCUCAGGAAUGACCUGGUCCCGAAGAUUCUAGAAAGAGUUUGGUCCACUGUACUCGAUAAUCCCAAGGAUUACAUCAAACUUUUAAAAUUGGCAAGAAGUGGGAAUGCUUGGUUAGGAGGUGCUGAGAUGGUGAAUCUUGGGGAAAUGGACGUUGUGAAGCUUUUGUUGUCUGGAGAGUUUCGGUUGGUGCAGAGGGCGCUGAUUGUUGCAGAAGUGGCUCUAGACACAGAGCUGAAGGACUGGUUUGAGGAGACUGUGAAGGAAAUGUUGGUUGGGGAACAUUUAACAGAUUUUGCUGGUGAUUUCGAAGGCUGUUUUCUCGCUGAAGUUGGUUGUGGAUUUGUUGGACGGCAUUUGGUGGCACAUCUAGUGGAAGAACUCGGGUUGGAGAAAGUGGUUGUUGUUGACAAGGUUCCUCCGGCAUUGGCGUGGUUUGAUGACCACCACUCAAGGGUCUUCUCAUCGCCGCAAGUUGAAUUUCGCAGUGCUAAUCUUAUGAAUCCUGUGUCUUGUGAGAAAGCGUUUGGAGCUGAGAGUUACGAUUUUGUGAUAAACCUUGCUGGGGAAACCCGACUCGGUCUUGCUGGACAAAUCUACGAAGAUGGGAUCUACAAACUAAGUUUGAAUUGUGCGGAAGCUGCAGCCAAGGCCUCGGCGAAGAAAUACAUUGAGUUGUCCUCUGGAAUGAUGUUCUCUAGCGGCGACAAGCCGAAGAAGGAAAGUGAGUCUCCGAGUCCCUGGACUCUGUCAGCCAAGAUGAAAGCGAAAGUGGAAUCUGCAUUGAAAGACGUUCAGGGUCUCAACUAUUGCGUUUUGCGCCCAGGGAUUAUUUACGGACUGAGUGAUUAUAAAAGUCUGACCCCUAGGGUUGUUAUCGGAGGCUUGUACAAGUACCUGGAUGAAGGUAUGAAGGUGUUGUAUGCUGCGGAACUUCCAGUGAACACUGUGCAUGUGGAUGACGUGUGUCGAGCCAUUUGCCAUCUUUGUGCCGCUGGGAUCUCGGGGGAAGUGUAUCAUUUGGUGGAUGACAAUUGUUCCAACCAGGAGUCCAUCAACCAAGUCAUUCAUCAGCUCUUCGGUAUCAAAUACGAGUACCUGGGAGCUGCUCUGUCCACUUUUGCCAAGUUGGACUUGGACGGAGUAGUGGAAGAGGUGAACGAAAAGCAUAUGAUACCUUGGGCAGAAAUGUGUCAGAAGUCGGGAGUAGAGAACACUCCCAUUAGUCCGUAUGUGACUUCAGAAACACUGCUCAACAAGCCUUUAUCCCUGGAUGCGACGAAGCUCAAGGAAUCUGGGUUUGAACUUGCCCAUCCGAAAUUUUUGACUGAAGAAAUUGCGAAGGAAUUGUUGAAAAAAGUGAGGAUGGCGACCGCGAUGGUUUUAAGCAGUGGCGGUGGCCUGAUAGCAAAUGAGGCGAAAGAGGAAGUAGAGUUGCUCAUCUCCAAGCUACAUGAUGAUGUGAAAACCGAAGAAGAGAUCAGGACAAAGGAGCAAAUAAUCCUGGAGCUUGGACAGCAGCUGAAGCACAUGGGAAAGGCGACAGAGUUGGGAGAAUUGAUCAAGACCACCAGACCCUUUUUGAACCUCAUCAGCAAGGCCAAGGCUGCCAAGUUGGUGAGAGCCCUGGUCGAGAUGUUUCUAGAUAUGGACGCUGGCACUGGAUUCGAAGUGGAGCUCUGUCAAGAAUGUUUCGAAUGGGCCAAGGAAGAAAACAGGACAUUCCUGCGCCAGAGCCUGGCAGUGAGACUCAUGCAGUUGUACGAGCAAAACGGGAUGUACUCUGAUGCCCUGGAGCUGGGCACUCCUCUCCUGAAGGAGCUCAAGAAGCUGGACGACAAGCACCUGGUUGUGGAUGUUUUGCUGUGUGAGAGCAAGAUCUACCACAGCCUGGGGAACCUGCCCAAGGCCCGGGCCGCGCUUACUUCUGCCAGAACCACUGCCAAUGGGAUCUACACCCCACCGAAAGUCCAAGCUGCUUUGGACUUGCAAUCCGGGGUAUUGCAUGCAGCUGAUGAACGAGAUUUCAAGACAGCCUACUCUUAUUUCUACGAAGCAUUUGAAGGCUACGACAGUGCAGACGAACGGAGAAGGGCCCUGACGGCGCUCAAGUACAUGCUCUUGGCAAAGAUCAUGUUGAAAGCGCAUGAUGAUGUUCCAUCGAUUGUCAGUGGAAAACUUGCCCUUCGGUACGCGGGAAAGGAGAUUGAAGCGAUGAAACGGGUGGCGAAGGCGGCACAUGAUCGAUCUCUAGCGGAUUUCAGAGUCGCUGUCACAGAGAAUUCGGACGAGCUUGAGAAGGACCCGGUUAUUCAUGCACAUUUGGAUUCCUUGUAUGAUCAAAUGCUGGAACAGAAUUUACUCAGGAUUGUUGAGCCUUAUUCGAGGGUUGAGAUUUCCUACACUGCUUCCAUAAUAAAACUGCCAAUCCCGACUGUGGAGAAGAAACUGAGCCAGAUGAUCCUCGAUGAAACCUUCUGUGGGGUUCUGGACCAAGGCGCGGGGGUGCUAAUGGUGUUCCCAGAGACUGUGAAAGACAAGACUUACGAAGCAGCCCUGGAGACUAUAGAGAGCAUGGGGAAGGUUGUAGACUCGCUGUACCACAAGGCCAAAAAGCUAUCGUGA